GGAUCUGUAGGGAUCUCUGGCCAGGAGACGGCGGCUCUGGUGCAACUUCUAAAACUUUUACCAAACUCCUCUUAAUUAAAUACAACUUUUCUCCUGAUCGAUCCAACUGCACGGGUCGAUAGCAGCGUGAGCAGAGCGGGCGUGUGUUGUUGUGCGUGAUCUAUUGGACACUACUGGAUGGAAUAAAAUAAGACUUUUUAAGGAAAAGUUGGGAGGAUAAAAAGUAAUGGAAGUGAUGUACAGAGCUAAGGUGGCUAACGCUAGCUGAGGUGGCUCACGCUAACUACGGUGGCUAACUUUAGCCUUGGUUCUGUACGUUUGGAACUUUGGAUCCAUCUCUGGUGGGGUCAGUGCCAACGUACCUCAGGACCUGUUUGCGUUGGAUGUAAGGGUCGCUGCCACGAUGAAGGUGACCGUGAUGUUCGGGCGGACCGGGGUGGUUGUGCCUUGUAGAGAGGGAUGGACGGUCCAGGACCUCAUCCAGCAAGCCACCCAGCGGGUCAGAAAGCUACUGGAACAGGAUGGGGAUUUCCUGGUUCGGACACACCAUGUGGAGUACUGUGACGGGGGAAUCCUGGACCCAGACGACAUCCUGAGCGACCUGGUGGAGGACAAGGACAAGCUAAUGGCAGUGUAUGAGGAGAAGGAGGCCCAGCAGAGGGGCGUGGCCGGCACUAGUCCCGCCCCCAGCCCAGACCUCUACCAAUCAGAGCUCUCUGUGUUCCAGCCUAUCCGAGGGGGGGAGAUCGAGGUGAACUCCACAGCCCUCAAGUCCAGUACCCCUCUCCUGGUUAGGAGCAGCAGUGAUUCGAUGCUCAGCCCCCCCAUGGACACAGAGACCCCCCACCCUGAAGACUCCAACGCUACAGGCUCCAGCUUGGUUGUAGAGAGCAGUGGAGCGUUGGAGCGGUCAGCCAGCAAACUCUCCUUCAACAGCAGUCUGACUAGAACAGUGGAAAUAUCCGGAGAGCACGGCCCCCUGGGAAUCCAUGUGGUCCCCUAUCUUUCCUCGCUCAGCGGAAGGUCUCUGGGCCUGUACAUCCGUGGGGUGGAGGAGGAGAGUCGCUCCAGGAGGGAGGGGCUGUUUCACGAGGAGGAGUGUAUUGUGAAGAUCAACCACACCCACCUCAUGGACAAAACCUUCAGCCAGGCCCAGGAGGUGUUCCGCAAGGCCAUGCGCUCCCCACUGGUGCGUCUGGAGGUGGUUCCCUCCUCCAAUAGGGAGCGCUACGAGAAGCACCUGAUUGGUCAGCUGUUCGGGGUUCCGCCUGCCACGGAGGGCAGCCCCUUCACAGCCAGGAGCAAGGAGCCCCUGCCGCCCGUCAAAACCAAACCCGCCUUUAAACCCACCGACCAUCCAGCCAACCUAUUGGCCGAGGAGGCUGUCACUCCUGAACCCGCUACUUCCAAGGGGCGGUGCGAAAGCCCGUUAUUGAGGAAAAGCCCCGCCCUAGGCAACCUGGUGACCAAUAAGAAAGGAGGGAAACGACUGAGGAUUGAUUUAAAGAAAGGUGUGGAGGGCCUGGGCUUCACCGUGGUAACCAGGGACUCCUCGGUGCAUGGCCCUGGCCCCAUCCUCGUCAAGAACAUCCUGCCCCGGGGGGCCGCUGUUAAAGAUGGCCGUCUGCAGUCUGGCGACCGCAUACUCGAGGUGAACGGUGUGGACAUCGCGGGGGUGGGCCAGGAGGAGUUGGUGUGCAUGCUGCGCAGCACACGGCAGGGAGAAUGUGUGUGUCUGGGGGUCCUGCGACAGGACGAGAUGUUUCUCCCCCGGGAGCUGAAGGAGGAGCCCUUGCGGACCCCCCCCCAGCUCCCGGAGGACGGCAAGGAGGAGCUGAUGCUGGAGGUGGCCCUGAACGAGAGCGGAUCGGCGGGCCUGGGGGUCAGCCUAAAGGGCAACAAGUCCCGACACACGGGGGCCGACCUGGGCAUCUUCAUCAAGUCCAUCAUACAUGGAGGGGCCGCCUACAAGGACGGGCGUCUGCGUGUCAACGACCAGCUGGUGGGGGUGAACGGGGCGUCGCUGCUGGGGCGGUCCAACCACGUUGCCAUGGAGACGCUGCGGCGCUCCAUGUCCCAGGAGGGCAACCUGAGAGGGACAAUACAACUGGUGGUGCUGAGAGUACAGGAUCAGCACGGCAUUUCAUCCAACCGCUCGUUUGACAGCACCCACGGACUUCCCGGAUUGGCCAACCAGACCAAUGGCACUGCCCACGCGCACAUGAUCAACAACAGCCUCUACUCCUCUGACGUGACCAAUGGGAGUUACUCAUACAUGGACGAUGAAGAGGAUGAAGAGCUAUCUCAUCGGGAAAAUGACCUCACACACGGACACUACAGGGAGCCGUCCCUCUCCCCCAGCCUGCGGGGUCUCUCCUACCCGACCCCCAUGCCACUCGACGUGGCCCAGACGCCCACCAGUCCCCAGCCCCAGCGGCAGUACCAGCACGUCAAGGCCUCCAAGAGCAUGGACCUGGGUACGAGUGCCCCCGAGAGCCAGCAGCAACCCGUGGCAGAUGAGAGCAAUGUGGGGUCCCUGGUGAGCAACCAAACAGCCCCCUCCCCUCAGGUAGAGCUGGGUCCCACCCUGGGUCUGAAGAAGUCCAGCUCCCUGGAGAGUCUCCAGACCGCCAUGUCGGAGGUCAACAAGAAGACCGAGCUCCUCCCCUUCCAUCGCCCACGCCCUAAUAUGGUCAGGGGGCGGGGCUGCAACGAGAGCUUCCGGGCGGCCAUCGACAAGUCGUACGACGGGCCGGCGGAGGAGGAGGAGGAAGAGGGGUCUGACCAGAGCUCCGGGCGGGACACCCCAGGCAGCAGCUCGUCCCACCAGGGAGCGGGGGAACAGACAGGGGAACGGACGGAGGAACAGACGGAGGAGACCGCUCCGUCCAAGAAGGAGAAGAACAAGAAGAACAAAGGGAAGAAGAAGGAGAAGAGCCAGGCCAAAGGAAAGGAGAAGGAGAAGAAGAAAGGAGAGGAGACAGAGGAGACAGAGAAGAAGAGCAAGAAGAAAGGAUUUGGCCUGCUGAGGUUUGGGAAGAAGAAGGAGUCCAAGGCUGCGCUGCAGAGGAAGAAGACUGACAUGUUGAGCCAGGAGGAGCUGCACAUCAUGAAGGACGAGAUAGAGAGGAUCGAGGCAAAGCAUCCAGAGCUGAGGGACCCCCGGGCCAAGGGGGACCCCAGGCCCAGGGGCCCAACGGCGGAGGGCAGCCGGGUCCCCGGAGGCCCCCGCUACCAGGAGGUGGAGGACGACGAGGCUGACCCCAACUACGCCCGCAUCAACUCCUUCAGAGACCGAGGGAACGUGGCCUCCACCUCCCCCGCCACGCUGCACUCCUCCCACCCCGCCGACCACGGCCGGGCGCCCUCGCCUCCGCAACAUCCCGCCCACCCCGGUUACGGUAACCACGGCAACGACCCCACGAUGGGACCCAACGGCGACCCCAUGGACGGGCUCUACGCCAAGGUGAACAAGCCCAGAGGAGGCGCCUCCACGGCGGCUGCUGUUGGACCCUCCCCUCCCCCUGCUCACGCCGGUGCUGGUGACAGUGAAAGGAUCCAGCUGUUGAGGAGAGAGUAUCAGCAGGCCAGGAGAGAAGGAAUGACCCCUGCCUACGAAGACCCUGACCCCCGGCGCAGAGGGCCUGACGACGACACACACCGGAUCCCUGUCAGAGGAGUGGAGCAUCGCACGGCUCCCCGCUACGAGGAGGUGGAGCGCCAGUACGCCUCCCUGCCAAGGCGCGGCCCCUUGGAUCCCGUAGACUACCCGAUGCAGCCCUGGUCGGGCCCCUACCCAGGGGCCCCUCCACCUACACAGGGAUACCCCCAGCCAGGGCCUGGAUACCCCGGCCCGAACCCCCAGCCGGGGCAGGCCUACCCCGGGUACCCCCCCGGCCAGCCGUACCCCCGAUCAGGAGACCUCCGCAGCGUUGAGCCUGGAUACUAUCCACACCAAAAGGGCCCUCUGAGGCAGGACGUUCCCCCCUCGCCUCCGCUCCGCGCCCAGCGCUACGACACCAUGAGCCGCGUCCCUGGUGGAGGAGCAGGGGCCUACAGGAACCCGAGGGAGCCCGUCCCUGACCAGUACGGUUACCUGGGAGACGGAGGGAAACGCCCAAACCAGCCCAACCCUCGACAGAAGAACCCCAUGACCGCCGCUGUCUAGCAGGAGUUUUGCACAGGUGCUCGGCGGUGUUAGCAUCAGGAAGAAACUACGGCCGCAUUCACAUGCUUUAUCAUGGCUAGGGGGUUUCCAUAAUAUAUUUUCCACAUCUGAAUGCAGCAACAUCAGCAGUAGCUUUCAGCAAAACAGCCCACCUAGCACAUGUACUUUUUUACUAUCUAUGUAUUUUCAUUGAUUUUGUGUCCCUGUCCUACAGUGCAAUAAGGUUUGAGAUUGUAUUCCAACCAAAGUCGGAUUAGCCCAAAACAGACAGGAUAGGAUGUAACGAGUAACAAAAAAUAAUGAUGGAAAACACUUUAAAUUGAUUAGCAUACAUAUAUAUAUAUGUACCCGUAGCUGUACCUUAUAAUAAUAUGUGUAAUAAUGUACCAGUACAUGCAUGUUAUUUUUAUGACCAACAGAAGGUUCAAACCAAACAUCUUGUGUGUGUCCUAACACCCAGGGUUUUCCCUGGCUCCGAAAAGGCGUAGGUGAAAGCGAUAGCGAGCAUUAUUUGAUGAGCGUUUUAAUGAUGCAGUAUUACGUGCCAGCCAGGCUCCCCUGGUAUGAUCGACCCGGCACGCCCACUUAUCACAUCGACCUGUCCCUCUAAGUGAUCGCCUGCUAAAACGGUAGCUGUCUGCCCUUGAUGGGUUGUAAAAACAGUUAAAAGGCCUGGAUUGGUAAUAAUCUAGGGCGCGGAGCAGAUCAUACAAUGGAGAUAAUAAUAAACAAGGGUCAUAAUGAUAGUUAAUAUCAUUGAUCAUUUCUUUAUUUUAUAUAGCUAUAUCCCAUCCAUAAAUAAUUUGACUAGUUUCCAAACACAGGCCUCAACAAGCAUAUUAGAGAUACAAAAGACAUAUACAAAUCAGGAGCAAUGCUAUAGUACUGUUUAUGAACAAGUACACGUCAUGCCUAAUUAUGCUAUAAACUGCAAACAUUUCUUUGGACAACCAAUAAUUUGGACUUUUCACUAAUAAGAAACCUCAACGUUUCAAAAAGAAAUACCUUAGAUAUAAUCACGACAUAAAGUUCUGUUUAUGUGCACAUGAUCACUGUUAGAUCCAGAUGAAAGUAGACAUAUAAACAGGCUGAUACAAUCACUUUUUUGUUGAUGAUCACUUUUUGGCAUAACAUGAAAAAGGUGGCGCCACCGUAUUCUGCGUCUUCCCCGACUCUUACUAACGGAUACCAGAGUGCUUCUGAUACCAAAACCUGUUGCUGACCGAUCAUGCAUUCAUAUGCAGAUAUCUGUUUAUAGAGGGUAUACAUUACCUUAAUCCCUAACAUGCCGUGUAUACUGUUUAACACACAUGUCCUUCACAUCCAAGUUUCCAUUCAGAUGUAAACUUAGGAUCAAAUGAUUUUGGAAUAAUGAUGCAAGAAGCAUUUCAUGUCCGAUUAGCUGCAAAUGUGAAAUAUUCAAAAACGAUUUAGCGGCAUAUUAAUGUCAGAAUGUAAAUGUUUUGGAUUCAAAACAGUAUUUUAUAUAUUAAGUUGAUUAAUUUUACCUAUAAUUACAUUUCAGUUGAAUACAUAAAGUACAUAGAAAUGUAUAAAUCAAUCUUAUAAUAACGACGUUGCUUUUAAAAUCCUCAUAUUGUGCUUUUGGGUUUUGAUUGGAGGUGCAAUUCACCUUGAUUGAUCUUUAUAUCUUUUAUGCAACGUGUAAGAAUGGAUUCUGCUAGCCUUUGUAUGAUUGAAGUACAACUUUGGUACACUCUAACACUUCAUCCUCUAUAUGUAACAAAUACUUUUUUUGUCAUGUAUUUUUUGCAUAUUUUCAGCCAACCCUUUUAACAUGUGUUGACGAUGGUACAGUAUUUUGAAGAGGUGUAAGGAAUCUCUGUGAUUUCCAGGUACGAACACCAUGUAUUAUAAAAACUGUUUCUGAUGAGAUAUGUUUCUGGUUCAAAACACUGUGAACCAACUACUGCUAGAGUGGUUGAUUUAUAGUUUAUAUUUAAAAUCAUCUUUAAACAAGAGCCCUUAAUCUUCCUGAACAUUCCUAGCUCUAUCUAAUCAGUUGCCGUUACUAAAACUCCCUGAACAACAGCCCCUUGAUCAGUUAGCCAGUGAACAUCAUCUUUGAAUGUAAUUAUGUAACAAUUCCUUGAAUUGUGUUACCACAGUUAGCAAUGCUAAUUUGUUUAGGCUACCUAUGUUACAAUACGAUUCCUCUCCUUCAUAGCAGUGUCUACGUUUUUUUUUUUUUUUCAAACCACAAUGUUUUUAGCCAGUGGUACUUUUUGUAUGAAAUACAUUUUGUGAAUUAUUUUCUAUGCUCGCACUGGAACACAGUCAGGCUGUGUGUGUGUGUGUGCCAGCGUCCAGGCUGUUCUCAGCUCAGAAGGCACAUACACACACACAUUUGUUUUGAGAGAGUUGCAUGCAAAACCAAUUAUUGACAGUUCUAGAAUGUGGAAUAUCCAGUUACAGUGUGUUUUUUUUUUUGUUGUUGUAUCAUUGUGUCUCAUCGUCAAUGUUCAAAUCUGGAUCACAGAUUGCUGUGUUCUCAGACCGGCGCCAAAGAUUAGAAGUGUUGCCACUAAUAGGACCACGAAUCUGAACCAACCAGUUGCUGAUAGAUGGCUCCAUGUGUGAUAAGUUGUAGUGUAUAUAGUCCGGAAGAAAGAGAGAACGAAAGAAAGGUUGAAGGAAGGAAGAAAGAAAGUGAGAAGAAAGUGAAAGAAGGAAAAAAUUACUAAACGAUUUAUGGGUUGGGGAAGAUAGCAACGUAAAAGAAUGUGAGGAUUACGAAUGAAAAUAGAAACCUUUCUUUAAAGUCUGACCUUUAAAGAUGUGUUUAGAGACAUUAAUGCUAACUAUGUACAGAAUCGUAUGCUGUCUCAGUAUUCAGUACCAGAGCACAGAGACAUGGGGUUUAGAUAGGCCCCUGCACGUGAACCUUGGUCUGGUGGUCCUCACCAGCCCUGACUCUGUACCUGCGUGCCCCCAUGCUCUGAUUUAGAAUCCUGACAACCCACCGAGCGAGCGGCCAAGGUCUGGUUGGGUCGGGUUCUCAGGCGAUACCACAGAAGUUUGAAUCGCCCGUGUGAUCGUAGUUUUGCUGGAGUUGAUGUAUAAGAUGUGAAACUUUCUAGUGUGUGACUUUUUUUUUCCCGUGUCCUAACUGCUCUGCUAUAACACAAUGUCACAAGCAAAUUAUAUGUGUAUUCAUAUAUAUAUAUUUCAUUUUUAACAAUAUUCUCCUGUUUUUUGUCUAGAAUUGUAGACCCGUGUUUAGAGAAUGUCCUUCUCCGAUGUGAAGUUGGGAAAAUCUCACCACACAAUUAUAUCGUUUACGUUUUUUUAUUCAACCAAAUCUGAAGUGUAUGUUUCUAAGUGCAGUUAUCUGUGCUUGAUGGCUUGUGGUUUCCCACUAGCUCACUUUAGCACACCGCUAAGCUCAUUUAAUGUAUGUCUCUCUGAUGCUGCAGUAUACCACUUUUACAAGUGUUUCUAUAAUCAAAGGUACUAUCCUGACCACUCCAUUUAUAAAUAUACUCUUUUGUCAUGUAUAACCAAGAGUUCUGGUUUUAAAUUGUCCUACAUGCCGAUAGACUGAAGGAAGCAAAUCAUUGACGUUUUAUAAGAAUCGUUUAAAAAAACACCAAAAUCUAUCGAUGGAUGUUUUGUUUUUGAUCAAAAUCUCAAUCCUUUAUUUGUAUCUAAUGGAUUGAUUAAUCACCAAAUGCUUAUGCUGUAUUUCAUAUAUAUUUAUGUUUUGGAACAUUUGUUUUGCAAUACAA